UAUAUAUUAAGUUAACAGAAUAAUAAUACUAAGAGAAAUGAUAGGGUGGGAAGACAUUUACAAGGUUCUUGCCGCAAUGUUUCCACUCUACACAGCACUGAUUUUAGGUUAUGGUUCCGUGAAGUGGUGGCACAUGUUCAACUCCGACCAUUGUGACGCGAUAAACCGGCUAAGUUGCUACUUCAUCAUGCCACUGUUCACAUUCGACUUCACAACCCGCAUCAAUCCUUACAAAAUGAACUAUCGUUUCUUGGCAGCUGAUGUCAUCUCCAAAGCCAUCAUUCUCUUAGCAAUAUUGUUAUGGGCUAAUUUUACUAAGAAAGGAAACUAUGCUUGGUCCAUUACAUGCUUCUCUUUGUCUAGCUUAAACAAUGCACUUGUUGUAGGGGUGCCUCUCAUGGAAGCAAUGUAUGGACCUCUUGGAGAGAAUAUUGUCAUACAAUCAUCCAUUUUGCAAUUCAUGCUUUGGAUAAUGGUCCUUCUCAUGAUGUUUGAGUUCCAAAGCGCAAAGCGAUCGUUGGAUUCAGGAGCUUCGUCUUUAGAAUCUGCCACAAAUUGUGAAAGCACUAAUGUGGAUGACAAAAGUAAACAAACUUCUCUAUUGGUUAUAGCAAAAAUUGUUGGACUAAAGCUUGCUAAGAACCCGAACUCUUACGCUUGCAGUCUCGGGCUUAUUUGGGCACUCAUAUCUAAUAGGUGGAAUCUGGAAAUGCCGAUUAUCAUGGAAGGAUCGGUACAUAUCAUGUCGAGAGCUGGUGCUGGAAUAUCCAUGUUGUGCAUGGGGGUGCCUCUCAUGGAAGCAAUGUAUGGACCUCUUGGAGAGAAUAUUGUCAUACAAUCAUCCAUUUUGCAAUUCAUGCUUUGGAUAAUGGUCCUUCUCAUGAUGUUUGAGUUCCAAAGCGCAAAGCGAUCGUUGGAUUCAGGAGCUUCGUCAUUAGAAUCUGCCACAAAUUGUGAAAGCACUAAUGUGGAUGACAAAAGUAAACAAACUUCUCUAUUGGUUAUAGCAAAAAUUGUUGGACUAAAGCUUGCUAAGAACCCGAACUCUUACGCUUGCAGUCUCGGGCUUAUUUGGGCACUCAUAUCUAAUAGGUGGAAUCUGGAAAUGCCGAUUAUCAUGGAAGGAUCGGUACAUAUCAUGUCGAGAGCUGGUGCUGGAAUAUCCAUGUUGUGCAUGGGACUGUUCAUGGCAAUGCAAGAUAGGAUGAUUGAAUGUAGUGCGAAACUAGCUGUAGUUGCAAUGAUACUGAGGUUUAUCGUAGCACCAGUGACCGUGGCAAUUGGAUCUUUUGUUGUUGGUCUGCGAGGGGAUGUUCUUCAUGUUGCCAUCAUUCAGGCUGCCCUACCGCAAGCCAUUGGUUCUUUCGUAUUUGCAAAGGAAUAUGGACUUCAUGCAAACUUACUCAGCACCGCGGUCAUAUUCGGCACGCUUGUAUCCAUACCAUUGCUCAUUGCAUAUUACGUUGUCCUAAACAUCUUGCUUUGAUAACUAUCAACAAGUCAUAUUAUAGCUAAGUUCAUAACCAAUUACAUUGGACUAGAGAUUAUUAAAGUUGUACUAACGUCAUUUGUUAAAAAAGAUGGUUAUUGAUUGAGUAAUGCAAUAAUUAUUGAAUGUAAAAUGUGGGAUAUAUACAUAUGUGUUACGUUAUAC